AAAUGAUAGAUCUCCAAAAAUCGAAAUUUUCGAAAAAUUUUAUGAUUUCUCAUUUGAAGGAUCCACUUUAUUGGAGAAAACAAAUUGGGAGAAAGCUUGUAGGUAUUUCAUUUGAAAAUUUCUAUGCAAAUUACUGGUGACAGCCAUCAAGCUGAUGCAGACAAAUGUCAUGCUAUUUUAAAUUUAAAUUUUACAUCUUAUAUGUAUUUUAAUGGUAAAUUCAUAUGAAUCCUGUAGUAGCGCUAUAAGCAUAUUUUUAUUGAUACUAGCCAUUUUGGAAAUAAUUAUAACUAUAAUACCACUUGUCGCAUUGGGGGACGCUUUACGCUUCACUGGAACACAUUUAGCUGCUGUUUGUGGACUCAUCGCUGGUUUGGUUACAUUGCCAGCGAGUAUAAGAUUGAAAUUCAAUGAAAGUAGCCCGGAUCUGGAGAAACUCCAUGGACAUACUUCGUUCUUCAAGAAACUUACACUAUUUGUAUCACUCGUUUUGAAUGUUAUAGCUGCGACACUUACUGUUGUCGGGCUCUUGAAAACGAAGAACUUUUGUCAAGAAUUCGGAAGAAUAAUGAGGGUUUAUCAUUGUAACACACCCGUAAGAAUUUUAGUUAAUAUGAUUCAGUUGAAUUUGGAUUGUUGUGGAGCUAUGGCAUACAGGGACUGGUUAUCUAUAAAUUGGAGAAUGUAUGAAGUCAGCAAUGAUGAUGACGUCAUAGAAGAAGACAAUGCCGAUGCUGUACCAUACUCUUGCUGCAACAAAGCGUCAGAUAUGGCUUGCGGACAUUAUGACCUAAGGACUUACGGAACGUCUAGCAUCCAUAGAAUAGGUUGUGCGAAAUAUAUAAGACGACUCACUAAGCAAUACCUCUGGAUACUUUUCACUCUCUACCUGGUAAACAUAGCAUUAGAAGUACUACUUCUCGUUAUCUACUAUUCUGAUGACGACCAAAUUAUUACGAAAAGGAGGAAAAGGAAGAACCAACCAAGAACAAUGGUCACGGGUUACGCAAGAAUAGAGGAGUCUCCAUGGGAAGGCAUGUCUAAUUGUUCUAAAGGAUCUGAUUUGACCUCAAAGGAUUCGAACAGGUUCGAGAGCCCUAAAGACAGCGAAGAUAGCGACUCCAACAUGAGUGACGGUACAGAAGAUGAAACUCCUGAACUAACCAGCUCUCAUAAACAGGUGCGGAUAUUUUCUCCUCUUGGAGAGUCGUCAAAAAGCAUAAAGGUGGUUCAUGAUCCCGAAUAACGGUAGAAAUACUCUUAAGCUUCAAAAUGGAAUGUUUCAUAAAACAAAUACGAAAACAAAAAUCUCUAUACUUUUUUAUUCUCAUAUACAAUACGUUUAAUGUUACAAAAUGAGCUGACGGUAUGUUCUUGAAGGAAAUAAAUGGUUUGUAAUCCCUUA